AGAGGACCAAAUCACACAGGACCAAAUUGCACAAACGUUCACGAAAAUGGCCGAAGCGGCCGCGACAGUUCUAAAGCCGGCAGCGCAGGCCGGGGACUCCGCCCCCUCGGAACAGGAUCCCGCCGUGCAGGAGAAGAUUGAUGAGGUUUCAGCAGCCAUAUCCCAAACGCUGCAAAACUUGAACACCAACGCUGAGAAUCUCCAAACACCGAUGUCUGAGCAAGACCUAGCUAAUAUGUUCAGUAAUUUCAACCUAGGCGAAGGGGGACAGGACAGCAACAUGUUCGUCCCGUUCAUGCAAGGCAUGAUGCAGUCUCUGCUGUCGAAAGAAGUGCUGCACCCGUCGCUCGUCGAGCUACUGGACAGAUAUCCAGCCUGGCUCGCGGAGCACAAGGGCACGGUGGAGCCGAGCGAGUACGACAGGUACGAAAAGCAGAUGGUGUUAAUGCAGAAAGUAUGCACAGAACUGGAAACCGAGCAAGAAUCCGACCCCGAAGACGUGAAGAGAAAACGCUUUGAAACAGUCCUAGAACUCAUGCAGAAGAUGCAAGACUUAGGCCAACCUCCCGCGGAGCUAGUGGGCGAUAUAGGCGCUCCCCCUCAAGGGUUUGCCCCUCCCCCCGGGGCCGACGCAUCGCAGUGCAGCGUUAUGUAGUAACGCAUAGUUAUAGAGAUACGCGAUUGACCGUUUGCGACGCGAUUUGUUUGGUAGUUGACCGUUUGUGAGGCGAUUAUUGACAGUUUGUGACAGUUUCUGAGGUGAUUUGUGACCGUUUGUGGCGUUACUAACCGUUUAAAACACGAUUUGUGACCGUUUGAGACGUAGUUGACAGUUUCUGAGGUGGUUUGUGACCGUUUGUGGCGUUAUUGACCGUUUGAGAGGCUGUAUUGACCAUUUGUGGCGCUAUUGACCGUUUGAGAGAUUUGUGACCGUUUGAGACGUGGUUGACUGUUUCUUAGGCCCAGAACAGACGGUGAAACGCAACUGCAACGAAACUGCAACUGCUAGUUACUUUUGAGUUGCAUCUAAGUUUCUGCCAUAGCGUCCGUUGAGAGACCACACAUGACGCGGCCAGUUUGAAACUUUCAGUUUCAUUCAUUAGAAUCAUCAGAAAGUUGCAGUUUCGUUGCAGUUGCGUUUCACCGUAUGUUCUGGGCCUUAUUCUUAGGUGAUAUGAUAUGUAUGUGAUUGAUCGUUCAUGACGCUAUUAUUGACUAUUAAUGACGUAAUCACGAUUUUUAAACAGUUUAUGUACCAGUCUGAAACUGACACCUUGUUGACUGGGCUAUUCAAAUUUAAAUUCUUUAUUUAGGGUAGCAAAAUUGUUAUUGUAUUUGCCUUCAAUCAGAAAGAACAAUCAAAAAGUUGACCAUUUUUUGUUGAAGCAUGGUUCUUGACCAUUUGUGGCAUGAUUUUUUGCAUUUUACAAAUUUCGACAGCAUAGCAAGCUAAUACAGAACUUUAUGCCGUAGUAAUAAAUGCUAUUAUGCCAUAAAUUGAGGUUAUGAGGUCGCGUCGAAAACGUCACAAAGUGUCCAAAGCGUUAUUUAAACGGUCAUAGCAAGCCCAUUCCAUUUUGAACUCUAAUAUAACAGAAUAAGGUUGGAAAUGCCUUAUUUAGGGUAAAUCACCCAAACAUCUUACGUCGCACUCGUGGUCCGCUCGCGAACUAUUUGGUGCUGUGGAUUACCUUUGCGGUAUAUUAGAUAUUGUGUGACAAAUAUUAUUUAAAAUACAGCACGUCAAGCUAAAUUGCACCUUAUUUCAUAGUAAUGAAAGUGUUUUGCAACUAAAUGCGCAGCUUGGUGUGCUGUCAAAACUAUAUUUCAAAUACUACGCGAUGUAUGGAAUUUGUAUGACUGCGUCAUAAAUGUAUGAUGUUCAGUCGGCGUCAAAUAGUUCGUGACACCCAAAGUGGUCAAAAAGUGACAACACAACCUUAUUCCAAUGAGGGCUAUCGUUUUUAUACUUAACAGUUGGCACCCCUGGCGAUUGACAGGACCUUACUCUACAGUGGCGCCAUCUUGAUGAGUGCAAAUGCGAUAGUCCUCCUACCACUUUAGCGCUCACCAGUUGGUGCCACUGUCUCUUCGCUACUAGCAAGUGACAGGACCUUACUCUACAGUGGCGCUAACUGGUGAGCGCUAAAACGAUAGCCCUCAUUGUAACAAAGACGUGUUGCGAACUUCUUGGCUACUUUGGAUGUCACGAACUACGCUACGCUGAGUGUUCAACGCGUAGUAUAGUCCGGUCGCCGAGCACGUAGAAUUUCGUCCAAUCCAAUGACCCCAAGCUACCCAUCCCUAUCGCUCGCGCGUAAUUAUGUUGCUGUCGCGCUCUUUCACUCACCGCCAGUCGCACAGUCGCGACAGCAAUAUAAUUACGCGCGAGCGAUAAGGAUGGGUAGCUUGGGGUCAUUGGACGAAAUUCUACGUGCUCGGCGACCGGACUAUAGUGUGAAUAUACCCACUGGAGUGUAAGGAUGCAGUGCUGGACAAGAUAUUGUACACAAAUCGGCGUUUUGCUACUUCAAAAUGUUUUCAAUUGACUUUGAAUCUUGUGCAAAAGACAUACGAUUCAAUAUCCAUUGAAGAAAGAAGUUUUGAAAGUAAAUAACGAUUUCCUCAAUCAAUUUUUGACCUUAUAGUAAAGGAAUAAAGUUCAAAAUUGAAUGCAUUGGAUUUUAGAGAGAUCUAAAAAAAAUUAAAAAAGGCCAUAGGUACAAUAUCUUGUCAGGACUGUAAUAUAUUGUUAUUUUUUAAAUAUAGUAUUUUAAUUAAUUGUAUUGUAUUUGAUUUUAAUCAUUAUUGUUUUUGUUGAGGAUUCCUUGCAUUUUUGCUGACGAAAUAAUUAUUUUAACUUAGUUUUCUACUCAAACCACGUAUAAUAAUUUAAAAUAACAAGGUUAGUAAUGCCCGUUUUCACCAUCAAUACCUAAUUUUUAAGUGACCCCUAUGUAAACAAAAUUCCUGUUAUUUGUUACCAUAGGGGUCACUUAAAAAUUAGGGAUUGAUGGCGAAAACAGGCAUUAAUCUAAGCAAGCUAAACUCGGUCAGCGCCUGAGCUAUGGGAGCGGCACGUGGUGUUUUUGACACGUCAAACGUCAGCAAGACUUCAGACAGAGUAAAUACAAAUGAGUAGGUCAUCUUCAUAGAAACGCACGGGCGUGGUUUGUAUGUGAGCGCGCCAAUACGUAUGCGGCGCGCACGCACACACUGACAAAAUUCUAAAAUAAAAACCGACUGGCUCCCCGCUAAUCCACACUAAAUAGCAAUGCCAGAUAUUGUAUGGAAAGUGGCGUCUUUUUUUUUUUCGCGCGGCCAUCGACCAAACUUUGUUUUUUGAUUACAAAAUAGUGUAAUAAACCAAACUUACUAUGACAUUUAUACCUGUAAACUCAGUCUGAACUGAGUUACGAGCAUUAGAAGUUUGAUGAUUUUCAUACUAGAUUUGCUUUUUGUGCGCAAGUUUUGCAAGAAAUUGCAACAAAAGAUUGCGCUAUUUUUAUAUUGCGCUGAUUCUGCUCCAUACUGAUGUCUGGAGCCUUUAAUGGAUGGUAUUGUUUGUUUACACAUACAAUCUCACUAUUUUGUUGCAAUUUCUUACAAAACUUUGCGCACAAAAAGCAAAUCUAGUAUGAAAAUCAUCAAACUUGUAAUGCUCGUAACUCAGUUCAGACUGAGUUUAGAGGUAUACAUGUCAUAGUAAGUUUGGUUUAUUACACUAUUUUGUAAUCAAAAAACAAAAUUUUGGUCGAUGGCCGCGCGAAAAAAAAAGACGCCAAUUUCCGGCAUUGUCUUUUUGUCAGUGUGUGCGUGCGUGCCGCAUACGUGUUGGCGCGCUCACAUACAAACCGCGCCCGUGCGUUUCUAUGAAGAUGACCUACUCAUUUGUAUUUACUCUGCUUCAGAUUUGUCAGCUCUGUCACGUCAUAAAAUGUCAAUGUCACUCCUCCCGUGCCGCUCUCAUACCUCAGGCACUGACUGAGUGCUAGACCUUACUCAUACAAAAUUAUACCUAAAUCCAUUAUUAUCUUUUGUAUUUAAUGAACUAGAAAACACGAGGUUUUAAGUCCAUAAGGACCCCUAGUUAAGAAAUGCUAUAGAACAUUUUUACACAAUUAUAAAAAUAAAAUACAUCCACAAAAAGCUUAUUUAUUUUAAAAUACUAUUAAAACAUCACAGAAAAUGUAAAUUAUGUUACUAUUUUAUUUGUCUGUGGUUAGUUUUUUGACAGCUGUCACUAAAUUGAGCGAAUGAAGGAGUGAUUUGUACGUUCACUCAUUCGUUUUUCGCGCCAGUUCCUAUGAAUUGAGUGAAUGAUAUACAUUUGAUUUGAUAUUUAAAUUGAUUUCGAAAGGGUGGUGGAGUGUAGUAUUAAAAAUUAUGUUUUAGUUAAUUCAUUUAUUUUGGAGUGCCAAAGAUGGUAAAAAUCAACCAUUUUGAAUAUUAAAAAAGAUAAAAGAAAUAA